UCUAUGAUAGAAUGAAUGUUACAUGCAUGCCGUGAAGGCGACAUAAUAGCGAAUGUAACCUUUUUAGAUCGAUAUCGCUACGGUUGUUUGCGUUAUCGGCUCAGUAUAACUGACAAUGACGGUGAUAUUGCAAGUUGGAAUAACCAGAAGCGCCGAUCGGUAAAAUGGCUUCCAAACAAAGAGAGACAUCCACGUUUAUUCGAGAAAUGGCUACAGAACAUGAAUAUAAGCUCAAAUAUGAGAAUUUCAAGAAGUACAAGAUUAUGUUCUGACCAUUUUGAAGAAAACAAUUUUUAUCAAAACAAUGAAAUUAUACAUUUAAGAUCAGGAAGUAUUCCCACAAUAUUCAACAAAUAUAAAACGCAAUGUAUAAUAUGUAAAGUAAAGAAAGGAGAAGUAUCUUGCUCAUUUUUUAAAUUUCCGAUAGAUAAACCGGAACUUUUGAAACUGUGGCUUUCUAAUAUAAAAAUAGAGAAUUUUUAUCCUACUUCAACAGACGUGAUAUGCUCAAACCACUUUGAGAAAAAAAAUUCUUACGUUAUGGGAAAAGAAAAACUUGGCAAAAGAAAAGCAAAGCAGUACCAACUAUAUUCCCAGAAUAUGAUGCUGACCAAAAAGUUUCUAUAUCAAACUUAAACCAGCAAACGUGUAUGAGAACGAAGGAAAAUAAUAAUAACUUAAUAUCUCUUGAUCUUACAAAUCGCAAUACCUCAAAACUACAUCAUAAAGACAAAUCAAAAACUGUACAACAAUCAAUCAAUCAUAUUCUACCAGAUCAUAACUAUGCCACUUCGCCAGAUAGACUAAAUAAAAAAUAUCUUAAGCUAAAGCAGCAUUACCUUUUGCAGUCCAAAAAAUUAGCAAUUAGCAAACAACGUAUAUUCAAAUUAAAGAACAUAAUUACUAAAUUACAGACUAUAAUAAAAGAUAAAGGGAUUUCUACGUGUAAGAAAUGUACUACAUAAAAAAUUAGGGAAGCGCUUUAAAACUUACAAUUUUUGUCUUAAGAGGCCGUAUUUUAGCUUCGGGGAAUCAUAGAAUAAGUUUUCUGGGUGGAGCAGACAAUAUCAUCUUUAAAGUUUUACUCUUUAAAACAAACUCCGAAAAAUUGUCCUAUGAUCCCCUGAAGCUGAGACAUGGUCUCUUAAAGAACGACAUUUGCAAGUUUUAAAGCGCUCUCCUGAUUGUUUUGCGUAGCUUAUAUACAGCCUGUUGUAAUUUUAAUGGUCGAGAAUAAAGAUAUCACUGAUUGCUCAAACAAUAAUGAUUUGAUGACAACAAUGAUGAUACAUUUGCAAUUUAAGCUUAUACAUCAACACUAGUCAUGAUUUUGUGCAGUUAACUGUUCAAAAUUGUUUUCUUUUUUUUUUAGUUAUCACUAAAAGCUUCAACGCCAGAAAUGUUCUUUUCUUUAUUUUAUAACAUAUAAUUAGAUAGUUUACGUUGCUUAAGAUUAGACGAUAAGAAAGUAUGCUUUGUAAAUUCGUGGACAAUAUUUUUUUGUAUUUUUCUGAAUAAAAAAAAACAAAAAGAUUUA